ACUCAAACGUUUUCUUUUCAAAUAUCCUGGCAGCAUUUUAUUACAAGUCAGCAUGAAAGCUACUUUAAGUAUUUUAAUUAUACUUUUAGGAUGCGUUUACACCGAGGCAAAAAACUAUACAAUCAGACUGCCUACAAACGAUGGUGGUACAUUGGUUAAUAUCGGAAGUGUCCCAAAUAUGGUAGCACUCAUUAAAGAAAAUAGCCCAUUUUGCGGUGGAUCUAUUAUAACAAGUAAUUCGGUUUUAACCGCGGCACAUUGUUUAAACGGUAGAAAUGCCACAUCCAUCAUUAUUGUGGUAGGCCAAACUGAUAUAACUGCGGAAACAAUAAGAACUGCACAAACUCACAAGGUGGUCAAAGCAUUCCCCCACCCUCAAUUUGACUAUUUAAAAAUGUUAAAUGAUAUUGCGAUUUUGCUGAUAUCAGAUGAUUUUCAUUUUAAUUAUCAAGUACAACCUAUUGCGUUUUCUGAACAACCACCACCAGUAGGUGCUUACGCAACAGCCAGCAAAUGGGGCAGUCAGAUACCAGGAAUGUUUGCACGAGUACUUGGUUUAAGCAUUUAUAAAGACCUUUCUCUUAAAGAACUUGUCAUUCCGAUCAUUAGCAUUGAACAAUGCAAGAAAGCAUAUGUUGAUGAAUACCAAAUAUUGGAAAAUGAAAUGUUUUGUGUUGAAUUUCCUAAAGAAGCUAUAGACUUUGCAAAAUGUGAUGCUGGUGGACCUGUUGUUUAUAACAAAACGCAAAUUGGGGUUGUAUCAUUUGUUGAUCCUCAUCAUCCGGGUGUUAUGCGGUUGACCAGAGUUGAUAGUUAUCAAAACUGGAUACGUGAAGUUCUAGCUCAAGAGAACCAUAACACAUAUUCUAACAGAAGUACGUUGAGAGUCAAAAUGAAAGCGGCGAUUACAAUUUUACUAACACUGCUUGGAUGCGUUCACUGCGAACUAAAAUCUGCCAACAGUAAUUUAAAUCGAAUUGUUGGCGGUGCGUUUACAUCAAUUGAGGAGCUUCCAUUUAUGGCAGCCCUAUAUAGACGGGAUAAACAGUUUUGCGGAGGAUCAAUUAUUUCUACCCGUGUUGUCUUGACUGCGGCUCAUUGCUUAGUUGGUAAAACACCAACGACAAUCUUCGUUGUGGUUGGCGAAACUCUUUUAAACAAGGACACCUUAAGAAUUGGGCAAUCUCACAUAGCCGAAAACAUUAUAGUUCAUCCAGAUUUUAACUGGUUCUCUUUGCAGAGUGAUAUUGGUAUAGUAAUAAUUAGAGGCAAAUUUACCUUUAAUAAAAAGGUACAACCUAUUGUUAUAUCAACGCAUCCUGCUCCAGAAAAUGCGUAUGUUUCAGUCAGCGGAUGGGGCAAGCAAAACCCUCAGAUUGGAAACCAACCUCAUGGGGCAGUAAUGAAACUUAAAACAAAACCUCUAAAAGUAACUUUUCUUCCAGUCGUUAACUUCCACAAAUGCCAACAAGCAUAUGAUGAUAUAUUAGAACUUUACCCAAACACCAUGUUCUGUGCAGGAUAUCCAGAUACUGACUCCUGUCAAGGUGACUCAGGUGGUCCACUUGUUUUUCAAGGUUUACAGGUCGGAAUUAUAUCAUUCGGAAUGGGUUGUGCCAAUCCCGAUUACCCUAGCAUUAACACCAAAGUGAGUGCUUAUGUAAACUGGAUAAUCGAAAUGAUUAGAAGCCAAUACAACACUAUGUAAUUUUUUAAUGUUAUUGCAAUUAUUAACAAAUAAACAAUCGAUAUCUAAAA